AUGUACAAGCGACGGGAUUAUGUUGAGCUCUAUCAGAAGGACCAGGCAAAGUGGGCACUAGUAAGGAAUGUCAACACGGUCUUUAAGCAAACCACCCUGCUACCGGGGGACUAUGUGUGGUUGGACCUGAAGACAGGCCGGGAGUUCGAGGUGCCAAUUGGUGCAGUGGUGAAGCUCUGUGACUCAGGACAGAUCCAAGUUCUGGAUGAUGAGGGCAACGAACACUGGAUCUCCCCUCAAAAUGCCACCAACAUUAAGCCGAUGCACCCCACCUCCAUUCACGGUGUGGAGGACAUGAUCCGUCUGGGGGAUCUGAAUGAGGCCGGGAUUCUCCGUAACCUGCUUAUCCGCUACAGAGAACAUCUCAUUUACACAUACACAGGAUCGAUCCUGGUGGCUGUGAACCCCUAUCAGCUGCUCCCCAUCUACACAGCAGAUCAGAUCCGCCUCUACACCAACAAGAAGAUUGGAGAGAUGCCUCCUCACAUCUUUGCCAUCGCUGAUAACUGUUACUUCAACAUGCAGAGAAACAACAAGGACCAGUGCUGCAUCAUCAGUGGUGAGUCUGGAGCAGGGAAGACAGAGAGCACCAAGCUGAUCCUGCAGUUCCUGGCAGCCAUCAGUGGGCAGCACUCUUGGAUUGAGCAGCAGGUGUUGGAGGCCAACCCCAUCCUAGAGGCCUUCGGGAAUGCCAAGACCAUUCGUAAUGACAACUCAAGCCGCUUCGGUAAAUACAUAGACAUUCACUUUAACAAGAGAGGAGCGAUAGAAGGCGCCAAAAUUGAGCAGUAUUUGCUGGAGAAGUCUCGAGUGUGCCGACAGGCUCAGGAUGAGAGGAACUACCAUAUAUUUUACUGUAUGCUGAAAGGUAUGACUUCUGACCAGAAGAAGAAACUCUGCCUGGGCAAAGCAACAGACUACACUUACCUUACUAUUGGAAAGUGCACAGUGUGUGAUGGGCGUGAUGAUCAGAAGGAAUACUCCAACAUCCGAUCAGCCAUGAAGGUCCUGAUGUUCACCGACACAGAGAACUGGGAAAUCUCCAAACUGCUGGCAUCCAUCCUGCACAUGGGCAACCUUAGAUAUGAAGCUCGUACAUACGAUAACCUUGAUGCCUGUGAAGUGGUGCGCUCUUCAGAACUGACCAUUGCUGCAAAGCUCCUAGAGGUGGACUCUAAAGACCUGAGGAACUGCCUGACCAGUCGCACCAUCAUCACUCGAGGCGAGACAGUGUCUACACCUCUGAGUAUGGAGCAGGCUCUGGAUGUACGAGAUGCUUUUGUGAAGGGAAUAUAUGGACGCUUGUUUGUGUGGAUUGUUGAGAAGAUUAAUGCAGCCAUCUACAAGCCUCCAUCCCAAGAGCCUAAAGCUGUGCGCCGGUCCAUCGGCUUGCUGGACAUCUUUGGCUUUGAGAACUUUACUGUUAACAGCUUUGAGCAGCUGUGCAUCAACUUUGCGAAUGAGAACCUGCAGCAGUUCUUCGUACGUCACGUCUUUAAGCUGGAGCAGGAGGAAUACAACCUGGAGAACAUCAACUGGCAGCACAUUGAGUUCACAGACAACCAGGACGCCCUCGACAUGAUCGCCAUCAAACCCAUGAACAUCAUUUCCCUUAUCGAUGAAGAGAGCAAGUUCCCCAAGGGUACAGAUACUACCAUGCUGAACAAACUGAACUCUCAACACAAGCUUAACACCAACUACAUCCCACCCAAAAACAGCUAUGAGACCCAGUUCGGCAUCCAGCACUUUGCUGGCAUCGUCUACUACGAGACCAGAGGUUUUCUGGAGAAGAACAGAGACACUCUACAUGGAGACAUCAUUCAGCUGGUUCACUCGUCCAAGAACAAGUUCAUCAAGCAGAUCUUUCAGGCUGACGUAGCAAUGGGAGCAGAGACAAGGAAGCGUUCCCCGACCCUGAGCAGUCAGUUUAAGCGCAGUUUGGAGUUGUUGAUGCGCACACUGAGUGUUUGUCAGCCGUUCUUCGUACGCUGCAUCAAACCCAACGAGUUCAAAAAACCCAUGCUCUUUGACAGGGAGCUGUGUGUGCGGCAGCUCCGAUACUCAGGAAUGAUGGAAACUAUUCGGAUCCGCCGGGCCGGAUACCCCAUCCGUUAUACAUUUGUGGAGUUUGUGGAUCGAUAUCGUGUCCUCAUGCCUGGAGUAAAGCCCUCCUACAAGCAGGAGGACCUGAGAGGGACGUGCCAGAGGAUUGCUGUAGCCGUGCUUGGCAGGGAUGAUGACUGGCAGAUGGGAAAAACCAAGAUCUUCCUAAAGGACCACCAUGACAUGCUUCUGGAGAUCGAGAGGGACAAAGCCAUCACAGACAAGGUCAUUCUGAUUCAGAAGGUUGUUCGGGGUUUUAAGGACAGGUCAAAUUUUCUCAAGAUCAAGAAAUCUGCUCUUCUAAUCCAGAAGACUUGGAGAGGUUUUUACUGUAGAAAAAACUUUGGUGCGAUGCGUGCUGGUUUCUCAAGACUCCAGGCCCUGUACCGCUCAAGGAAGCUCUAUCUGACGUACCAUGUGACCCGGCAGAGGAUGACCUUGUUUCAGGCUUCUUGUCGAGGCUAUAUGGUGCGCCGGGCUUUCAGACACAGACUCUGGGCCGUCAUUACCAUCCAGGCCUACACCAGAGGAAUGAUCGCCCGCCGCUUAUAUCACCGACUCAAAGGAGAGUAUAAGAGGCGUUUGGAUGCAGAGAAGAUGCGCCUGGCUGAGGAGGAGAGGCUCAGGUACCAGAUGAGUGCAAAGCGGGCAAAAGCAGAAGCCGAACGUAAACAUCAGGAGCGACUGGCACAGCUGGCACGAGAGGAUGCUGAGCGGGAAAAGAAGGAGAAGGAGGAGGCUCGCAGAAAGAAGGAGAUGCUGGAGCAAAUGGAGAAAGCUCGACAUGAACCUGUCAACGACUCCGACAUGGUGGAUAAGAUGUUUGGCUUUCUGGGCACCACAAGCUCCUUUCCUGGGCAGGAGGGCCAGGCUCCGGCUGGGUUUGAGGAUCUAGAGCGGACUCAGAGGGAGAGGGGGCUGGAGGUGGAGGAUCUGGACGAAGCUCUUCCUCUCCCUGAGGAAGAUGAAGAGGACCUCUCUGAAUACAAGUUUGCUAAGUUUGCAGCCACGUACUUCCAGGGCACCAGCACUCAUACAUACAUGCGUCGGCCACUUAAACAGCCCUUACUGUUUCAUGAUGAUGAAGGAGAUCAGCUGGCUGCUCUGGCGGUGUGGAUCACAGUGCUGAGGUUCAUGGGUGAUCUCCCAGAACCUAAAUAUCACACGGCUAUUAGCGACGGCAGUGAAAAAAUCCCAGUUAUGACUAAGAUCUAUGAGACACUGGGCAAGAAGACAUACAAGAGGGAGCUGCAGGCUCUGCAGGGCGAGGGAGAGAACUCCCACAUUAAUACUCAUAAAAAGAACAGUGUACGUCACAAGCUAAUCUCACUCACCCUAAAGAAGAAAUCAAAGAUCACGGAGGAGGUGACAAAGCGUCUGAAUGAUGGUGAGUACUCGGUACAUGGGAACAGCAUGCUGGAGGACCGACCCACAUCCAAUCUGGAGAAACUGCACUUCAUCAUCGGCAACGGCAUCCUGCGUCCUGCACUCAGAGAUGAGAUCUACUGUCAGAUCUGUAAGCAGCUGAACCAGAAUCCAUCGAAAAGCAGCCAUGCUCGCGGCUGGAUCCUCCUGUCCCUCUGCGUGGGCUGCUUCUCCCCCUCCGAAAAGUUUGUCAAGUAUCUGAGGAACUUCAUCAGUGGAGGACCUCCAGGCUACGCUCCGUACUGUGAGGAGAGACUCAGAAGAACGUUUGUAAAUGGAACCCGAACUCAGCCACCCUCCUGGCUUGAGCUCCAGGCCACCAAGUCUAAGAAACCCAUCAUGCUGCCCGUGACGUUCAUGGAUGGCACCACAAAGACACUCCUGACUGACUCAGCCACCACAGCCAAGGAGCUGUGUAACGCUCUGUCAGAUAAGAUCAGCCUCCUAGAUCGCUUCGGCUUUUCUCUGUACAUCGCUCUGUUUGAUAAGGUUUCAUCUCUGGGCAGCGGUAACGAUCAUGUGAUGGACGCCGUCUCUCAGUGUGAGCAGUACGCUAAAGAGCAGGGUGCUCAGGAGCGUAACGCCCCCUGGAGGCUCUUCUACAGGAAGGAGAUUUUUACACCAUGGCAUGACCCCACAGAGGACGGAGUGGCCACCAACCUCAUCUACCAGCAGAUCGUACGCGGGGUCAAGUUUGGAGAGUACCGCUGUGACAGGGACGAUCUUGCUGAACUGGCCUCUCAGCAGUACUAUGUGGAUUACGGUUCUGAGAUCCUUGUUGAGCGUCUCAUCAGCCUGAUUCCUUCAUACAUACCGGACAGGGAGAUCAGCUCCGCCAAGACUGUAGAGAAAUGGGCUCAUCUGAUCAUGGCUGCUCAUAAAAAGGGUGUUUACACACAGAAACUCAUGGAGCCACAGAAGGUUAAAGAGGAAGUGGUGGAAUUCGCUCGCUACAAGUGGCCUUUGUUAUUCUCCAGAUUUUAUGAAGCCUUUAAAUUUUCAGGACCCAGUUUACCUAAAAACGAUGUGAUUGUAGCUGUGAACUGGACGGGAGUUUACUUUGUGGACGAACAGGAGCAGGUUCUUCUGGAACUCUCCUUCCCAGAAAUCACCACUGUAUCCAGCAGCAGGGGUGGAAAGCUGCAGGGUCAGAGCUUCACUUUGGCCACUAUUAAGGGAGACGAGUACACCUUCACAUCCAACAAUGCAGAAGAUAUACGAGAUCUGGUGGUCACAUUCCUCGAGGGUCUCAGAAAGCGGUCCAAGUUUGUAGUAGCAAUUCAGGAUAAUCCAAAUCCAGUCGGAGAUGACUCCACGUUCCUGAGUUUUGCUAAAGGUGAUCUCAUCCUGCUGGACCAGGACACAGGCGAGCAGGUCAUGACCUCUGGCUGGGCUCAUGGAAUCAAUGACAGAACAAAACAGAGAGGAGAUUUUCCUGCUGACUGUGUUUACGUUCUGCCCACCGUCACCAGACCUCAACCAGACAUUGUGGCUCUGGUAACUAUGACACCAGACCAGCGUCAAGAGUCUCUGCGGGUAUCUCAGGUCACUCUGCCCGAAAGUACUGAGCGAGUGAAGCCGUACACACUGGAGGAGUUCUCUUACGACUUCUUCAGGCCUCCACCUAAACACACUCUGAGCCGUGUGAUGAUAACGAAGAACCGUGGGAAGGAUAAACUGUGGUGCUGCACACGUGAGCCCCUGAAACAACCACUGCUGAAGAAAGUUCUGGCUCAUGAAGAUCUCUCACAGGAGGCCUGCAUGGCCUUCAUCGCUGUUAUGAAGUAUAUGGGUGAUUAUCCAUCGAAACGAACUCGCUCUGUAAACGAACUCACAGAUCAGAUCUUUGAGGGAGCGCUGAAAGCAGAACCUCUCAAGGAUGAGAUCUUCUGUCAGAUUCUCAAACAACUCACUGAAAACCAUGUGAAGUACAGUGAAGAAAAGGGCUGGGAGUUACUCUGGUUGUGCACUGGUCUCUUCCCUCCCAGUAAUGUCCUUCUGCCCCAUGUCCAGAGGUUCCUGCAGUCCAAAAAACACCAUCCACUGGCCUUAGACUGCAUGCAGAGACUGCAGAAAGCUUUAAGGAACGGCUCGAGGAAAUAUCCCCCUCACCUGGUGGAAGUGGAGGCCAUCCAACACAAAACAACACAGAUCUUCCACAAAGUCUACUUUCCAGAUGAUACAGAUGAGGCUUUCGAGGUGGAGUCCAGCACAAAGGCGAAGGAUUUCUGUCUGAAUAUCUCUGGCAGAUUGCUGCUUAAGGCUCCAGACGGCUUCAGCCUGUUUGUGAAGAUCUCAGACAAGGUCAUUAGUGUUCCAGAAGGUGAUUUCUUCUUUGACUUUGUCAGACACCUCACUGACUGGAUCAAGAAAGCCAGACCUGCUAAAGAUGGUAUAGUGCCUUCUCUGACCUACCAGGUGUUCUUCAUGAAGAAGUUAUGGACAAACACAAUUCCUGGAAAAGACUCUUUUGCAGAUUCUAUCUUUCAUUACUACCAGGAGCUUCCAAAAUAUCUCCGUGGUUACCACAAAUGCUCCAGAGAGGAGGUCUUUCAACUGGCAGCUCUGAUCUACAGAGUCAAAUUUGAAGAUGAUAAAUCGUACUUUCCCAGUAUCCCUAAGAUGCUGAAAGAACUAAUUCCUCAGGACCUGAUUCGCCAACUCUCUCCUGAUGACUGGAAAAGAUCGAUUGUGGCGUACUUCAACAAACAUGCAGGCAAAUCCAGGGAGGAGGCCAAGCUGAUGUUUCUGAAGAUCAUCUACAAGUGGCCCACAUUUGGAUCUGCUUUUUUUGAAGUCAAGCAAACCACCGAGCCAAAUUUUCCUGAAAUCCUUCUCAUAGCCAUUAACAAGCAUGGAGUCAGCCUCAUCGACCCUAAAACCAAGGAUAUUUUAACCACUCAUUCAUUCACAAAGAUCUCCAACUGGAGCAGCGGCAACACCUACUUUCACAUCACUAUUGGAAACCUGGUACGAGGAAGCAAGCUGCUCUGUGAAACCUCACUGGGCUACAAAAUGGAUGAUCUGCUGACCUCAUACAUCAGUCAGAUGCUCACCACCAUGAGUAAACAGAGAAGCUCUCGAGGCCAGAGUAGGUGAAUGUCUUACUGGCGGGAGGCGGCCGAGCUGGUGCGUUUGCUUGGACGCGUUGGCCAGCCGUGUAGCUGGAAUCGUACCUUUGCCUGGCAGCUGUGGAGAAUGAGCCCACGUUCUUCUGACAGCUCGGAGGACUCUGUUUACCCUGACGAUGAGGCCAGUUCGUCACUCUCCAGCGAGGACGACUACCUUUAAACCGCGAUGUGGGUCAAACCGGCUCACCUUUGAUCUCCUCCCGCCUCUGAGCCUGUGAGACACAUCAUGAUUAGCAUUCUGUUUCUGCAGGCUCGUGGGUUUUCCAAGGCAGCUUAGAAGUGACCUGCAGAUACCGGACGUGUUCAUGAAUAUUAAAAUUUGGACGAUUUUGUGGAGUAUUGAUAUGCUAUUUAAGACUUAAUACAGAAGAAGUUAUGCCAGUUUUUAUGUAUUUGUAAAGACAAGAAGAUGGUCACGUUCCUCUGCUCUUACAGAACCGUUCCUACUUGUGGGAGACUAGCAGUGAACAAACCAACAGUCCACAAAUAAUCAGGAGUUUUCAUUGCUCUAUCAUACCGUAUUUUCUGUACCUUAAGUAAUUGUUACUGAACAUAAACUUGUUGGACAUCACCUUACACAACCAUGGUUAGUUCUUUUAAAACAUAACAGCCUAUACUCCUGAAAAGUCUUUCCUCAAGUUUUCAGUGUGUCCAAACAUUUUUUGCUCAUUUAUCCGCUCUUACGUCUAUUAGACCGUGAUCCAAAAAUAAUUUAAAGUCAGCCAUUUUAUAGGGACAUCAAAACAUCACGGUGCCUCCCUGACGAGAGCCACAGACAGUCGCUGGCCACAUUUCCACUUCCCUUGUGCAGGCACCUCGACCAGUGGGCAGCGGCCAUAGUCUCAGCAGCCGUGAGGAACCCAGGUCACAACCUCCCUCAGGCAUGGCAAAAUGUGACUGUUGAGCACCCAGGCAGAUCGAUAGUACAGCUCGAGCGGCAGUGGGCUAGCGAAUUAGACCAAUGUGACACCUGAGUGUCUGCUGCAUCCCAUUCCUUUAAUGUCCAACUCUUUAUGCCGUAAAUGCUGAAGUAAAACAUCUACCAUAAAACAGAAACACUAACAAACAAGAAAUGAAGCGCUAACAUGAUGUAUGUUGCGUUGCUGCAUCAAAGCAUCCAGAAAAUACAGUAAAUGUGUAAUUUUGCCACUGAACAGCUUUAAUGAUUUUUGAUGUUCUAUACUGCAUGUGAAUUCAGUUCUGACGAUGUAAGUUAUCCGGGAUUGUGUUAACAUUUUUAUAUAUUUACUAUAUGUGUUAUGAUGAACCCUGUCCUUGUUUAUGUGUUUAUAUUUUUAAACACUGUGAACUUUACUGUGGAUUCAUUUACUGUUGUAGACGUACAUUUUGGCAUGUGUCCAAGUCUUCCUGAAAGAAAUAGUUUCAGAAGAAUUUUGGCAUUAACGGUGCAGUUAUUACCUGAGUGAUAACAGAAGCGAUCUGCAACAGCUACAGGCAACUGACAAAUAAAAAGAUAAAACCACAAA